UAUUUCAGUCUUAUACAAUCUCUGAUAUACAUAUGUAUAAGAUGCUAAUCGCGUGUUAAUCUUAUGAUUUUAAAUCUAUAUCAUGAAAUUUGUGGAGAGAUAAUAAAUAUUUUACACGCUUUAGUCGGCGUUUAUUUAGAUUGUUGAUAACAUAUUUAGUACAAAAAAUUUCAGGUUAAAGCCCUCCGUAUUAUCGUUUUAAAUGAAGAAAAAUGGGCUUGAAUCUGUUUACACUAAAUAGCGAAAACAUUUUUUGCUUAUGUGCAAUUGGCUAUUUUCUUUUACCUAUCGUAUCAAUCGAAAGCGAGUCUCGAUAUAAUGAUAAGUUUGAAAUCAUGACGACUAUGAAACCUAAAGAUGAAAUAUUAUCACAAACCAAGGAUAACCUUGGUUUUUUACAUGCACUUAUAGCUUCUUUAUCAGUCAUUGUUGUCUCUGAAUUAGGAGACAAAACAUUUUUUAUUGCUGCUAUUAUGGCUAUGAAACAUCCACGAUUGACAAUUUUUGUAGGAGCGAUUAGUGCUUUAGCUCUUAUGACUAUUCUUUCAGUAAUUUUUGGAUAUGCUGCAACUAUAAUCCCACGUACAUAUACAUAUUAUAUUUCUACUGCUCUGUUUGCUUUAUUUGGCUUAAAAAUGCUACGAGAUGGUUAUAAAAUGUCUGCAACAGAAGCACAAGAGGAAUUAGAGGAAGUACAGUCUGAUUUAAGGAAACGGGAUGAUGAGUAUGAAAAAGAAACAGCAACCACAUUAGUACAGGAUCCAGAAACUGGUGUUAUAAGAAAAGCUACAAAAAUUAGCGCACUGAUGCUUUUAUCUAGGAUAUUUUUUCAAGCAUUUACAUUAACAUUCCUUGCAGAAUGGGGAGAUCGUUCCCAGCUUACAACUAUUAUACUUGCAGCAAGGGAGGAUGUUUAUGGAGUUGUAAUAGGUGGCAUAUUAGGACAUAUGUUUUGUACAGGAUUAGCAGUAUUAGGAGGUAGAAUGAUAGCCCAGAAAAUUUCAAUAAGAACAGUGACCAUAAUUGGCGGAUUAGUGUUCCUACUAUUUGCCUUCACAGCACUUUUUAUCAGCCCCACAGAAGAUAUAUGAAACCACACAUACAGUAUUUAUAUAGCUAUAUUUAAUGAAUCAUGUACUGCUAUAAAACAAUAUACAUAUUUUUCUUAUUUGAAAGUA